AUGGCGAACAUCAAGAUUUCUGCGGCUGAUAUGCUGGUCAUCAUGCCCCCGGGCAUCCUGGAAGAGGUGAAGGAUUUUUUUGACUCCUGUCAUGCUUCGGCGACUAUUGACCCAAAAGCAGCAGAAAAGUCCCACGAAUUUUUGGACGCCAUGUACGAUCACGAUGCCAACCAAACGCGACUCUAUAUGGGACAGAGGGAGCUCAGGUCCAUCAUAGCAGAAGCCAAGUCCUUUGAUGCGGAAAAAGUAGGCAUGGCUGCCGCGAUUACUUUCAUGUUCGACUCGCGGUCUAAGAAUCUCGAAGAGCUCGAGUUUUGCCUCUCCGUUCUUGAUGAACUACUCUCUGAUACAGACACAAUCAAAUCGCUUCUUCACACGCUUCAAGGCUUCGACAAUACACCCCCGACCUCUACAUUUGACCAGUAUAUUACUCGGCAGCGCAUUGUCUACACCGCCUUCAAGAAACUAUAUCUGAUGUGCAAGGCAUCCCUCAACUCGCAACAGAAAAGGUACAUCCCAGGAGAACAGUUCGGCAUGAUUCCCUUCGAGGACAUUAUGUACAGCUCAGACGGACAAGUUCUGAUCUGGAAUGACUCUCUGGAUGACUGGGAUUUGCCGGAUGAUGUUCAUCCAUGCCGCAAUAUGCCCGGGAGCAAUUGGGGGAAAUUUUUCUACGAAAUGACACCAGGGGAUUUCUUCACAAAAGAGAAGCGGCCGACCGUUGAGUGGGCUCACGCAAGUCCGCUGAAGAAAGUGUUGGAAAGCUUGCAAACAACACAUUUUCUCGCGAGCUCUGCAACGCCUGGUCCGGCUCUAGACAGCUCAAGCGAAAGAGCUAAGCAGUACAACAUUCAACUUGCUGCCGCUACCGGGGUUCCGUAUCCAAUUUACGACACUGAGAAUUCUGAGAGAACACCCUAUAACUCCGACGUCUCAGCCCUUGUCAGCAACUCGUUUCAACAUCCUCCUGAAAAGGUUACUCGUCCUUACGAACUGAGCAGAAAGGUGGAAGAAGUCGCUACUGGAAACAUGCCAGAAGUAACGGAAGUUCAGGAAAUGGAAGCCUUUGUCUACAGGCUUCCUCAGUAA